GUGCGCUUUCAGAGAAAUCUAUGCACGCUGCACACCAAAAGAGAUACUAACAAUAACAUCAUGAAAAGGGUAUUCAAGGCACAGUAGCUUCAAUUGUGGAUUAGUAGGCUUCGAUGUGUUGUAAAAGAUAUAUACCACUAGCCACUCACUGAACGUUUGAGAGCGGUUUGGUUAAAUUACAGACUACAUGCACGUUCGAUCGGUACGGUUUCUUUAAGGUCGUCUGUUCCCGCGUCUAUUCUUCUAAGGUUUCAUGUAAGGAGGAUAAAAUAUUGUUUGCAGCGAGCCUAUGCCACCGAUCCUCCCCUCGAUGGAAGGCGAGAUCGAGAACAAGGUCUCGUUCGCUAACACGGAUGAUGUGAUCCCGCCAGCAGAGAACUACGAUGCCGUCGACCGAUACGUCUUCGGCAGUCUUCGUCGCUCGGUCCGUCUGACCUCGUCGUCGCGCAUCCGAAAGCCUUCGUCGGUGGCCAACUCAAGCCAAGGAGCAGCGAGUGAUAUCGAGGAGGAAGACGAAGACGAACUGACUGAGGAUGAUGAAACUUUCAACGAGAGUGCCGCCAUCGCAAAGCACAUCGAAGAGAAUGUAGUAGGCAAUGAAACGAUAUUCGAAGGACCAUAUGGAGGAAGAGAGAUUGUCUACUGUGACUAUACAGCUUCGGGAAGAGCGGUAAAAUUCAUCGAAGACUACAUCACAGAACACGUUCAACCUCUGUACGCCAACACUCACACAACCACUGGUCUGAUGGCAAGACAAACAACCAAAUUUAGGAAAGAAGCAAGGGACAUCAUCAAGAAGUGUGUGAAUGCGACAGAUGAUGAUGCUCUCAUCUUCACUGGUAGCGGGACCACUGGGGCAGUCAACAAACUGGUAUCAGCCCUCCUGCUCAAAGGAGAACGAGCCAAGAAAACAGUUGUUUUCGUCGGACCUUAUGAACAUCAUUCAAACCUACUGCCAUGGAAAGAAACAGGAGCUAAGGUGAUCAGAAUACGUGACAACAGUCGAGGUCUGAUUGAUAUGGUGGCACUGGAGGAGAGUUUAGAGAAACACCAGAAGAAAGAUCGCUUUCUAAUCGGCUGUUUUUCCGCCGCGUCCAACGUCACGGGUAUCAUCUCGGAUACUCACCAAGUGGCGGCGCUCUUGCACAAAUAUGGUGCCCUGUCUUUCUGGGACUAUGCCACGGCAGGUCCCUAUCUUGCCAUUGACAUGAAUCCAGAUUCCCAUGGAACUGAUGACGAUUUCAGCAAAGAUGCCGUAUAUCUGUCACCUCACAAGUUUGUCGGUGGCGUCGGUACACCAGGAAUCCUGAUAGCCAAGAAGAAACACUUUCUGAACAAAGUACCUCACUCUGUAGGCGGUGGAACAGUCCUUUACGUUACCAAUGAAACUCACCACUACAUUCAUAAUAUAGAAGAGAGAGAGGAAGGAGGGACGCCCGCCAUUGUCGAAUCUAUCAGAGCAGGACUUACUUUCAGACUCAAAGAGUCAGUCGGAAUAGAUUACAUUGAAAGAAGAGAAGAAGAGCUUACCAAGCUUGCCUUUGCCAAAUGGAAGAAGAAUCCCAACAUAUUGAUUCUAGGGAGCAGCCGAGCCAACCGUCUUUCAAUCUUCUCCUUCAUGAUUGUCCAUCCGAAGACAGGCAAGAUGCUUCAUCAUAACUUCGUGGCAGUCCUCCUUAAUGAUCUCUACGGUAUCCAGGCCAGGGGUGGCUGUGCAUGCGCUGGACCCUAUGCUCAGGACUUACUUGGAAUAAAUGAAGAGCUCGCUGAGAGAUUCGUCUACUUCUUGACAGAUGAGAGUAAAGAAAAGAAAGAAAAGACGAGACGGAGAAGAAAUGGAAAGAGAACUGAUAGUACAGCGUCUGAAUUCAAGAAGGUGAAGAAGACUAAAACGCCGAUGGAAAUUAUGAAACCUGGGUUUGUGAGGCUGAAUCUGCCAUUUUUCUUCUCUGAUGACGUCAUCAAUUACGUACUUGAAGCGGUAGAUGAUAUCGGAACGAACGGUUGGAAAAUGCUAUCACAGUACACAAUUGACCCCAUCACAUCGGAGUGGCAAUACGUCGGCACCCUACAGGAAGAGGCAAGGCCCUCUAUAUCACCUGCAGGGGAUAGCUUGCUAACAACUACCUUCAAAGAGGGCAGGUUCAUCGCCCCUCCCAGUCCUUACGUCGGCCCCAAAACGAAGGAUAGGGAUGCAUCAGGGACCCACUAUAAGACGUUUCUUGAUCAAAGUACAAAGCUGAUGAAAGAGGCAGGCCAUCAAUGUCAGUUCCCUCCAGAAGUUAUGGUUGAUACCGUCGGACCUAGCAUAGGUGACCCGGAUUUGAUCUGGUUCAUGCGACCUUACGAAGCUGUCUAUCACAUCCGGUACCCCGAGGCUGAUCCCAUGGACGCAAUUCCAAGUUUGACUGAAGGAGACGGUCCGGCGGGAGCAGCGAACGGAACGAACCCUGCUGAUGCUCGUUCCAAGCUGACGCACGCCCCCUUCAGACCCAAGCGUUAUACCAAGAGGAGUCUGUCACGUCGGUUCUCUUUUAAGAAACAACCUCGACACCGGAAGAAGGAGAAAAAAGAAUCCACAGGCAUCUGUUCGAUUAUGUGAAGUCCUUACAGCUCUCCUUCCAAUGACUAAUGGAGUAUAAAGCCACUUGCUUCAAAAUUGUGAUGCCAACAUAUUAAAUCAAAGCAAAAAAUGCGCUAAAGCGGCCACAACAAAUCACGUAAUACUAUGUUGAUGAUGCGUUUCAUCCUUUCUUUUUUUGUAAUCGCUAUAUACUCUAUAAAAACAAAAGAUGUUAAAUAUGAUUAUCAAACAAGAAAUCACUUCACUGGAAAUUAUUUAUUGUAAAGCCUCAUAUGAGUUAAGCCAGUUUAUCUGGACAAAUUUGUAGUGGGAUGCUUUCAAAAGGAAAACAAGAAAUAUGCUUUUGCACACAUUGUGCCGUCAAAUAUUUUCAUAUGACUAUAAUUAUGUUUAACUGAUUAACUGUUGUAAUGGAGUGAUACAUGACAGGCGUGUACAUUGGAUUAUAGUCGUUUCAGCACAGAAUAUAUUCAUAUUGAAAGAAAAUGUCACUUUAUGAUACAUAAACUCGGGACAGUCGGAAGUCAUUGAAAAUUCGGAUUUAUUGUACGAAAGAGUGUUAAAUAAUCGACAUAUUAUACGUCUAAAGACAUCCCAUGUAUUUUCUUACUUUACAUCAAAUUUAUGUCUAUUCUUAUUAGCGAAUAGUUUGAUUUCAUUAAUAGGAAAAUGUAUCCUUGCCGGACGAGAAUAUACGAGACCAUAAUUCCUCCUGUAGAUAUAAUAAAAAGUACUAUCGACUACAUCAGGCACCAUAUACACGUCUUGCCUUUGCAAGUACUCAUCUGAAGAAUGUACUGUUUUUAUAUAUUUAUCGCUGAAUUUUUUUUUGGGUUGUACAUUCGGGAUUAUAUGAGAAAGUGCAUUAUUUGAUUUGACGUAGCAUACUGCCAGUCUGAAUAAAGAAUGAAUGUGGUUGUUGUUGUUGUUGUUUUAAUAUUCGGUAUGAUUUCUCUCCAUUAGUUUCAUGCUUCCAUGAUUGUUUCCGUGUUAAACACGCGAUUGCUCAGUGGUAGAGUCAGUGGUCUUGUAACCGUGAGGUCCCGGGUUCGAAACCAAGUCGAACCGCUAGUGCCCUUUGGUAAGGCAUUUAUCCUCAUUACUUAGUCCCUCGGAGAAGACAUAAAGCCGUCGGUUACCUGGCUGCUUACU